GCGUUCCUCUUCUCUCUGGAGACGCAGACGUCUAUAGGAUAUGGCUUCCGGAGCGUUACCGAGGCCUGCCCCCUGGCGGUGCUGGCUGUCGUGUUGCAGUGCAUUGUGGGCUGCAUCAUCGACGCUUUCAUCAUCGUGGCGGUAAUGGCUAAGAUCGCCAAGCCCAAGAAGCGCAAUGAGACACUGGAGUUCUCGGAUGUGGCCGUGGUGGCCAUGAGGGACGCGAAACUCUGCAUGAUGUGGCGAGUGGGAAACUUGCGAAAGAGCCACCUGGUGGAGGCCCAUGUGCGAGCACAGCUACUGAAGCCACGGGUGACCCCUGAGGGUGAGUUCCUGUCAUUGGACAAUGCAGACCUAAACGUCGGCUUUGACACAGGAACAGAUCUCAUCUUUUUGGUGUCACCUGUGACAAUUGUGCACGAAAUUAAUGAGGAGAGCCCCUUCUUUCAAGCGGACAAACGUACACUAGAGGGAGACAAAGAGAUGGAGGUGGUGGUGAUUCUGGAGGGCAUGGUGGAGGCCACUGCCAUGACAACCCAAUGUGGGUCUUCAUACCUGGCCUCUGAGAUCCUCUGGGGUCACCGCUUUGAACCUGUGCUCGUUGAAAGGAAGAACUGCUACCAGGUGGACUACUCGUACUUCAACAGGACUUAUGAGGUCUUGGACACGCCCACCUGCAGUGCCAAAGAGUUAGACGAGAAAAAGUACAUCCUGGGCUCCCGUUUCUCCUUCUGUUACGAGAACGAGUCGGCUCUGCAGCUCUCCUCUGUCCCUCCCUGCCCUGACCAGUUCUCUCCAUCC